CGUACUUCCGUAAUUGGGGCGGUUUUGACGACAAGGCUGCUUUCUCGGUAAAACACCCAGCGGGUUAUCUUCCAAUAGCUUUAGCUGCGCCGUGUCGUGUAUUAAGCAGUCGCUUCUUUUAGUGUUCUUUUCUGAGCGGUUUAUAGACGUAUAAUGGACAACAGAGGCUAUGGUUCUGGUUAUUCCAGUUGGGGAGUUGGUGGUUCAGGCAACAGAGGUUCUGGUGGCUAUGAUAUGUAUGGAGGAGGUUAUAAAGAGUCUGGACUUGGAGGCUAUGGAGGAGGAGGAGGUGGUGGCGGUAUGAAGCGAGGGCACUCUGGAGGCUCUCUGCUCUCAUCCACGGGCACGCACGCAGAUGCUGUCAUUGCCAAGAUCAACCAGCGUCUGGACUUGCUCACUCAGAUGGAAGGGGGGUUUAAGGGCCCACGUGGUGACAGGUUUGACCAGUACGAGUCAUUCGACUCGCGCAGCUCUGCUCUCUCCUCCCGAGAUCUCUACAGAUCUGGCGGCGAUAGCUAUGGUUUUGGGGAUGGCCAUGGGGACAGCAUGCUGUUGAGUCAGCGCGGAGGCUCAGGCUUCGGAGGGGGAAUUGGGCUAGGGGGAGGAGGAGGCUUUGACGGCCCAUCCUCUUCCUAUGGAGUCGCAAAAAUGCGACCGAAUAUGAGAGAGUCCUUCGGCAGUGCCCAGGGAGGAGGCUCUGGAGGUGGAGGAUGGGCUGGAGCAGGCCGACGUUCCCCCAGAAGGGGUGGAAGUCCUGGUGGUCGAGGAGCUGGAGGAGGGUUUGGAAGCCGCAGGUCUGACCCCACUUCAUUAGGUGGAGGUUUGCGGGGAAGUGGCAGCGGUGGCCUUUCCCACCGUGGAGGUGGUAGAGGCAAGCUCCCAUCCCUCCUGUCCAACCGCAUGUACCCUGAGAGUGUGGGUUUCCAGGGUUCUUCUCCAGGGCCUCAAGACUUCUCUGGGAGGCAUAUUGGAGGGGGGCCACGGGGUGGCCGCCAGCGAGGCCGCAAGAGACCCCUCAACAAACAGGUAAAACCACCGCAGAACGUUCAGAAGAAGAGAAAACAGACUCCAUCCACAGCUGAUGAGCCAGAGUCAAAGAUGAAUAAGACGGAGGGCGAAGGAGCAGAGGAAACAAAAGAAGAACCUAAUAAAAAUGGUGACGAUAAACCAGAGACCGUCUCUGAGGAUGCAAAAGCUGCAGAAGCAGGGAAUGAUGCUGAAACCAAACAGGAGGAAAAGAAAAAGGCUCAGGGAAAACAGACUCCAAACCAAGGUCAGGAGAAGCCGACAAAAACCAGAAAGAGGAGGGGGGGGUUCCUUGAAAGGAUGAUGUUUGCAUGCUCUGUUUGCAAGUUUCGGUCAUUCUACAAAGAAGACAUGGAAGCUCAUCUUGAAAGUCGCUUUCACAAAGACCAUUUCAAGUUCCUUACCAGCCAGCUGUCCAAGCCCACCACAGACUUCCUGCAGGAGUAUUUGCAGAACAAGUUUAAGAAGACCGCAGAGAGGAUUGGCUACUUGGAAAACCACAGCGCUGCCAUCUGCCAGACGUACAAAGACAUGGACCUCACCAGGGAGUUUGGCAUGGAGCACUUCAUGAGGAAGGUGGAUGCAGCUUAUUGUGCCGCGUGUGACAUUUACAUUCCCAUGCAGCCCCACCUGAUUCAGAAACACGUCAAAUCUUCUGAUCACAACUACAACAGGAAGGGUAUGAUGGAGCAGUCCAAGCGAGGCAGUCUGUCCGUUGCUCGUAGCAUCCUGAACCAUAAACUCAUUGGCAAGAAGCUGGAGAGCUACCUUAAGGGUGAAAACCCAUUCACUGGUAACCAGGAUGACCAGGAUCCAGAUGACUCGAUGGCGAUGGACGUGUCUCUGGAUCUGACUGGUGAGAAGGCAACCAGCCAGACGGAGAUGACCCAGUCCAACGAUGAGCCUGGGCAGGAGGAAGAGGCAGGCAAAAACGUGACAAAGGAGGAAGGAGCAGAUACAGCAGUGACAGAAACAGGAGCAGAAGUAGAACAAGGUGGGGCAGCAGCAGAUGAAGCAGAAGCAGUAGAAGCUGUGGAAGAGGAGGAAAAGAUGGAAGAGGAGCAACAGCUGCAAGAAAACCAGGAAGAACAGGAGAACCAGGAGGCGGAAGAAGGUUAUGGAGUUGAAAAAGACGAAGAGGAGGAGGAAGGAUACGUGGUAUAUGAUGAGGCUGAUGAGGAGGGAGUAAAGGCUGACCAGCAGGAGGAGGGAGCUUUUGCUUUAGAGGAGGAUCAAGAAUAAUUGAUGCCCUUUUCUUUAACCUGUUGGUGGCCAUCCUCCCUCUUUAUUGAGUUUUAUUAAACUGCUUGGAAAAUUAAGUGUACAUACAUGCUACUUCAUUAUUUAAAUAUGUGCUUAUGUCAUUUUUUUCCCUUUUUCAGUUAAGCGUGGUCUGAUGUUUAUUUUUUCAUGCUAGGAUUACAAUAAAAAACAAUUUAAAAACUCAGAAGUCACAUCAGUUUUUAUGCAUGAUUGUCAACCAAAUAUUUUUGAGGAAGUUGAUUUGUCUGACCUUUCCUUAAUUGGAUUAUUAGUUUCCUAUGCUUUCUCUGCUAUUAAUGGCACACAUGUUAGAUUAAUAUUAUUGUUUAAAUCUUAGAAGGUAAAACCAAUAUUUCUGAAGAUAUCUGAUUUUCACCCUAAAUGUUUUUUGUGGUCUUUGUGAUACUUUUUUUUUUAAGAUCCUGAAUAUCAAGUACUAUGUUAAAGCACCAUUUUCUCCUUGUGACAACGGCAAACAUUUGGCAUACUGAAGAUGAAAACUGGGAAAGACAGCUUUUCCAAAGUGGUUGAAAUUUACAACGUGAACUUUUUAAACUUGUAGUUUGAGGCCUGGCUAUAAAAAUGUAUGGAAUGUUAUGAAUAGUCAUGUAACAAUAGUUUCAUUCAAGAAAUAAAAUGGACAAAUAAA